AUAAAACCUUGCUUUAAUUUUCUUCAACACCUUGUUGCUUGUACUUUGUUGUAUUAAUUGGCUGCUGUAACAUUACAGUAUAUAGGCCUGUGUGGCCAUUGCAUUUUGAAUUAUGCAAUACGUGUUGUGCAAAUGGAACCUUUACCUGUUCAUACAUCAAAAUGCAGAGUUUUAUCUAUGCAAUGUUGUAAAAAAAUAAAUAAAUAAAUAAAUAAAAAUAAAAAGAGAGAUUCGAUGGUUCUGUGCAGAAAACUUAUAAGAAAAUAAAAUAUGGUUUUAGUUAAAGUAUUUCUCGCUCGCUGUUUGCGAGUGUGUGUGUGUGUGUGUGUGUGUGUGUGUAUGUAUGUGUGUGUGCUGACGGACAGUCCCUCCCUCACACCUCACGCCCACUGGACAGUAAGAGCGCGGUUGGGAAACGGAAGGAAUCGCAGCAGCAGGAAACUCGGUGGCACUUUCGGCGCUGCUGCUCUCCGUGAGCACAGGGUGACGGUCUCCUCUCCACGAAUAAACACCACCAGGAAAUCAUAGUUAAAAAGUGACCGCCCGGGCACACGCCUUCACCUACACUGCUGUAUUUUCAGACUGAAGCGUCGAGGGGUGAUGGAUUGCCCUUCAGAUCUUUUCCAGCAGCAGCCGUCCCAGGUGUGCCACUUCGACCUGUACCACAGUCCACCAGAGUCCACCUCCAGUGGCCCUGUCAUUUCACCUCUUUUGCACCCUAACAGUGCCUCUCAGAGGUGGGGCGGAUAUAGGCAAGGACAGUGCUUAUUCUCUGAAUUGCCAGCGCAUGAUGAGGAACAGGACAUGGAUCCAGACAGGUUUGGGAGAAAAUCAGCUACAGGAGGUACACCGAUUCUGCAGUACCGACUUGGGGAUAGGAGAAGAAGUUCUGGCGACUGGAGUCAAGAGUUUCUGAGAGUGAAGCAACUAAGAGUGGACAGUACUGUGAAGAGAGAGGCAGAGAUGGAAAGAGAAGGACAGAGAGGUAAGAGGAGUGUAGCUCAAUUACUAAGGCCAGAGAAGAAUGUAGAGGAAAGAGGGCGGAGGAAGGAGAGCAGGGAGGGAAGGCAGCGGCAACGACGUGAGUUGAAACUCCAGCUAGAAGAAACCAGAGGAAAGCUGCUAGAGCUUCAGCGCAAAGUAUGGCAAGUAUACGGAGAACAUCAUGUAGAGGAAGAGAAAGGAGGAGACGGAGAUGAUGGAGUAACCGAUGAGACAGCAGAGUUGUUCUCUGAAGGAGAAGCAGAUGAUCAUUUUGGCAGUGGCCUUUAUCCUUCGCUGGGUACGAAUGAAAAAAAGCAUGAAAAUACAGUGAAUGAGAAUUCCGAGGUGUUUCCUGAAAACCCUGUGGACCUGGACCUUGACAUGGAGCUGGAUGGGGGUGGAGUGUGGCUAGGCUGCAGUCUGGUGCAAGGCGAGUGGGAGAAUGUAGGUGGGAGUGAGAAAUUUGCUCAGGCUCUGAAGCAGGAGCUGUCUAGCGCAGUAGCUCGAGUCAUUGACAGGGUUCUCCAUCUCUAUGCUGAAACUGAACAAACACCACCUUCCACUGCAGGUCUCGUCCAGGACAUUCAAGCUAAUAGGGCACUAGACCCAAACCCAGACAAGAAACAAAGACCGGGGCUGGCUGCCAGUAUGACAGAACAAGCUGAAGCACUGCCACUGGUUGCAAAAAGAGCUCAAGAGAAGAGGAACCCCCUAAUUCAAGGCAGACACAAGAACCUCCUUAUUCCACAGGCUAACUCCAGCUUACCGCUUUUACCCCAGCCUCAUUUUUCUGCACUCUUACCACCAAGGAACAAAGACUCCUUCAUACCAUCCUGUCCUCCAAACCCCCCACCGUUGCCCCUGCCUCUUCUCCAUUACACCAUGCAGCACCUUUUUACUCGUUCUCUUUCCAGUAUGCCUCUUCACAAAGACGGGCUCGCCAAUGAACCCUUCAUGGACUUUCGCUCACACAACCCCUCAUUCCCUCCUCUGCCUCUGCUUGGCCAGUUAAACCCACCUCUUCCUGAUAGAGGGCGAGAUGAGGGGAUGAGAUUAGGAAUUGAUGGCGGAGAUUCAGCUCUCUAUCUUGGUCCUGGGGCAUCUCAGGAGGGUCUUUCUCCAUGUCAUCUGAAAAAAGCCAAGCUCAUGUUCUUCUACACCCGCUACCCCAGCUCCAACACACUUAAGACUUACUUCCCUGAUGUCAAGUUCAACCGCUGUGUCACCUCUCAGCUCAUUAAGUGGUUUAGUAACUUCCGGGAGUUCUUCUACAUUCAGAUGGAGCGUUUUGCGCGUCAGGCGGCCCGCGAGGGUCCUGUCACUGCCAGAGAAAGGGGACUGCGUCUGAGCCGAAACUCUGAGCUCUUUCGCAUUCUGAACAUGCACUACAACAAGAGCAAUGACUACCAGGUGCCAGACAGGUUUGUGGAGGUGUCUGAAGUGGCAUUACGGGAGUUCUUUACUGCUAUCCAGAGUGGACGUGAUGCUGACCCCUGCUGGAAAAAGGCCAUCUAUAAAAUCAUCUGCAAACUGGACAGCCCUGUUCCUGACUGCUUUCGUUUGCCAGGCUGCCCCAUGGACACACAUCGCAUGGUCUAAAGAUGUUCAUGAGCAGUCUCGCUUUUUAUUUCUUUCCCUCAUACACACACAUUAUGUAGUGUAAGAAGUAAUAUGGAUAAAUGCACACACUGACAAAAUGGAUUGGAGUUGGCAAAGACACCCACACACACAUAUUGCCUGAAAAAUAAGAUGAUAAAACACAUAUGUACAUUUAAACACAUACACACACUAAAUGCCAAAAGUUUGAAAGUGGAAAAACUUUACAAAAAAAAAAAAAGAAAUACUGAUGUAAUGUGUUAUUAAGACAAAGGGAUUUGGCUAAAUGUAUGCAGUAAUAAUCUACUAACUGACUCAUCAUUUGUUUGAAUUUUACAGUAUAACCUUUACUGCAAACAUAUGGGCUCACAUUCAGAUGAGCCUGUGAAACUGAUGUGUUAAAUAAGGAUUAAAUCGUUUUACUGCCUAUGAAUUUGUCAGGGUUUAUAUUCCAAGACCACAAAGAAUUUUCCCAUGUAGUACAUUACAAAUCUGAGCACCUCAAUGCAGACCAGUGAACAAUUUUUCUGCCAUUAUUCAUGUUGUGAUGUGCUUCUGCACUAUUGGUCUGUAGUGUAUACAUACCUGCUGAAAUAUCAUAUAUACCGUUUAUAUAAUAAGCAAAUUUAUCAUAAUUCAUUGGCUUCCAGAAUUAAGAGUCAGAAAUAUCUAUUGCACAAAUGUUGACAAAGUCAGUGUCCUUGUGGAAUGUAUAAACUCUAAAUAUGUCACUGACAGGCAUUUUGGAAUUUUGGCUAUACUGUUCAAGAGAUUACGCAUUAUUAUAUAGAUAUUAAAAAAAAAUCAUUUUUUAUUUUACAUGCUGAAACCUUAUUUAGGUGUAUGUAUCAAGAAAACAACCAUGGCUCCUGAUGUGAUUUAUUGUAAUUUUAUAUUCAAUUUGCUUAUUUGUCAUAAUGUUUGCUAUUAUGUGGCUAUUUCAUAAGACGUUAUAUGUAAAAAUGUGAAUUUUCAUGUGACUGUACUACUUGUAAUUAAAUGUGAAAGUUAAACGCGUA